CUCGGACAGACAAGACUUCUCAGACCAGAGCUGGUCCUGGUCUAGGAUUAGGUCUGUGUGCAUACCAAGCUAUAGAGCGGUUUUGUUAGGCCUGCCUGAAGUGAUCAUCGGGCUUCAGGCUUAGGCUUACACUUAAGCCUAUAUGCCUAACGUUUGGCCAAGGCUUGGCUGUUAUAUGCAGCAGGGUAGCAAGAGGCUGGGUGAGAAUGUGGAGUGGAGUAGGCAGAGGACAUUCGAGUACAGGCUUAAAACAGAACGUGAAGAGGGUUAGGCUUAUGCCUACCAAAAGGCUUGUCUCUUCCACGCCAAGCAUCCACAGGCAUCAGAGAGAGGAAAGAAAUCGCCCUCGGUCUGCUGCCUUCUAUUACAACCAGAAAACCAUUGACGAUGCUGCUGCCAAGCCAUCCGUUAGAUUGACGCCAGCAACUAUCUUGUAUGCAGGAAAGAAUUCAGAUGGAGCUCAUCUUCUGAGAAGUAGUCAAUAUCUACAGAGAGAGCUACCAGUUCGCAUAGCUCAUCGCAUUGCUGGUUUUCGAACCCUCCCCUUUGUCAUUGGUUGUAAUCCAACCAUCCUAUCUGUGCAUGAGCUCUACAUCCAGGCAUUUCACAUCUUGAAUGAGUUUCCAGAGAUACAGAGUUUGGAGGACUCUCGCAAGUACAAUGGGAUUCUGAGGGAACUUCUUGAUGCCCACAAGGAUGUUGUAACCCAUCUGGCUUCAGGUUUCCGUGAAUGUCGCCGCUAUGAUGAAGAUUUGAUUGGGCAGUUCCUUGAUCGAACUCUCACAUCUCGACUAGGUAUUCGCAUGCUGGCCAUGCACCAACUUUCACUGCAUGAUGAGCAGCCCAAUCAUGUUGGGAUCAUCAAUAUCUCAAUGAAAGUGAAGGAUGUGCUGACAAAAUGGUGUGAUUUUGUGAGCCACUUAAGUCAAUAUAAAUAUGGAAGAAGUGCAACAUUCAAACUGUCUGGUCACAUCAAUGCUGCCUUUCCAUACAUUCAGCUUCCUCUUGAUUACAUCCUUCCUGAGCUACUGAAAAAUGCUGCUCGGGCAACCAUAGAAUAUCAUGGGGAUGUGCUACCUGAAGACAUGCCUCCCAUCACCAUCACUAUUGCCAACAAUGAUGUUGACUUCAUCAUCAGGAUCUCAGAUCGAGGUGGGGGAAUCCCACAUGGGAAUGUCAAUACUGUGAUGCAUUACAACUUCUCAACAGCUACAGAUGAGGAAAAUAUGGAUGAUCACCAUGGCGGCUUUUCUGGCAUGGUGGAGGCUGCAAAUAGUGCACAAACUGCAGGCCCCAUGUAUGGUUUUGGCUUUGGCCUUCCCACAUCUCGAGCAUAUGCUGAAUAUCUUGGAGGAGGACUUCACCUCCAAUCCAUGCAGGGAAUUGGUACUGAUGUCUACCUUCGACUUAGACACGUCGAUGGCAAGUUUGAUUCUUUCCGUAUAUAAUUUAUUUUCCCUCUCAUGACUUCAAGGAUCUCAUCCCCCCCCCGUUAACAUCUGAGAUAGCUCUACUGUUGAUUGACCUUUGACCUGCCUCAUUUUUCCCUCAUUAUUGGUAUUGUUUUCUUCAUCAACUCAGUUUACACCAGGUAUAUGACCUAACUAGAAGGUGGACUUUUAGUUCAUGCAAUGCCAUCUUGGCAUUUUGUACAUCACUGAGAUUAUAUGCUGAUUACCUGGUGGGGGAUGAUGAAAAACCAGUCUUAAGUAUGCAAGAAGAAAGCAGACUCUCCUGGUUUUCCUCCACUGUCAGGAUUUUGUUCCAUUGUUCUUAUAAGCUCCUAGAAAUGCAGUAUUAAUUUGUAUAUUGCCAUAUAUUGUAGGAGCAGGCCCUUUUCAGAAUGGGAAUCACUUUCACUUAUUCACUGGGUUACCCAGGAAAGCAGCCCUUCCUUUAUUUAUUCCCCACUUACCUUCCCUAUGGCUGGAUAACAAGUGAGUUUCAAUGAGUGUGGAAACAUAUAGGAGGCCUCCAGUCAGUGAUAUGGUUUUUAAAAAUGAAAUCAUUAUAACUUACUUAGAAAAAUGACUGUGUUUAAAAACAUAACUGAAAAAACAUCCAAGUAUUCUGAUUGGGCUAGUGGCACCCUUAUGCCAGGGCUCCUUUGUGAUGAUAAGAAUCCUGAAACACACUUCACAUGGCUAACUUGGAAUCUCAAAAAGAAUCUUGAAAAUUUAAAUGAGAAAUAAGCUGUCCCAUUUUUAGAAGUUGAUGGUGAAAUUUUGCCAUUCAUUUGGUGGUUAAAGAAUAAAAGUCUCUUUUUUUUUUAUUAGAGAGAAAGAUAGCUUUGUAUAAGUGACUAACAGCAUGUUGCAUAAGCUGUCAGCAUCAGAAGACUAUGAGGUGUUGGGAUGAAGAUUGAGUUUUGUCUGUACCCUUGCCUAUCAUUGCAAUGCCCUGUCACACAAUUUACAGGUGGGUCAUACCACCACAUUUGUGUCAACAGUCUGUGCUUGACCAUCUCAGAAUUAAAUUUAAUUUGGCAUGCAGGAAGAAUAAGGUGAGAAUAUCAUAUGACCAAAGUCAUUGGUCUCUGUAGCAAAUGUGCUAUGAUAAAAGGGUUUGAAAUUUGCAAAUAUGGCAAAAAAUGGCCCCAAAGCUCAAAUCUUCCUUGUUGUAUGUCUGUGAGAGUUUGUUGAUACCUCAAGUUAAAGCUAAAGGAAAGGGGAAUAGAAAAUAUGCUAACUGAUUUUUAUUAAUUCUAUUCUGCAGGGAAAUUUUAAAUUUGAAAAUGUCAGUCUCUCAAUUCUCUGAAUGGGAAUCAUGACACCUGUGUGAAAUUUGUGGGAUAACAAAUCCAUGUAUCUAUAAACCCAUACAGCUGGUGAUUUUGAGGUAACAUGAUGCUAGCAUAUUUCCCCUUUUUUUUCCCCUUUCAAAUUGGAAACUUGACUAAUAGUUAGUUAUUAGUGGUUGUACCAAUCAAACAAAUAGCACAGGAAACUUUAAAUUCUGAAUGCUUGAGGCAUUUCUUUUGCCCCAGUGCCUGAAUCACUGCUACAUCUUGGCUUGUAUUUGUCAUACAAUUUUGGAUGUAUGCUAUUUUAGCCAUAAUCAGACUGCAAGCAGAAUUUAAUUAAAUUCCAAGAUGGUUGAUAACACUUGCAGUGAAAUAAUCCCCCUGUAAAUUUUAUUUUAAGAGAUUGUAUGUCUGAGAAAAGUACUCACAAAAUUUAAUCUUCAUUCCAACACAUCAUGGCCUCCUAUUGCCAAUAAUCACUUAUCUAACUUAUCCUUGCUGGUCACACACAUGCAGCUGUCUUCUUCCAUAAAAAAAAAACAGAGCAUCUGCUUAAAUUUAUACAUAUGUAAGUAAAUGUACCUGCUGUAUGCUUUGAGCGUUCAGCUUCAUUUAUGAUGAUGCAGGGACAUGAACAAAAACCCUAAUCUCCUUUCUCUACCCCUCUAGUGCAAAUACCAAUGAACUCAGUGAAUGAAAACCAAAGUAUUAUCUGCCAAAGAUAGGUCAUGCAACUGUGUUAAUAUUGUAUACAAUAUUAUGCUUUUUUGGUGCUGUUUGUGCUUGAUUUUUGGUUGAUUUUUGCCUUGUGAUGAAUUUUGUGUACCAGCGACUGAAGAAGUCGCUUUCAUUGUUUGGAAAAUGGAUGAGAUUCCAUUAAAUAUGGAAAAAGUGUCAC